UGAGUCUCGUUUCUCUUCAUCCAUCUCUCACAACAACAACAAAAAAAAAAGGAAGAAAAAUGGCUAAGCUAGCUAAUCUCCUCGUUGCAACGUUCGGGGUUCUCCUCGUCCUUAAUGGCUGUCUCGCAAGGCAGUCGCUUGGGGUUCCUCCUCAGCUACAGAACGAGUGUAACCUCGAUAACUUGGACGUUCUUGAACCCACCGAGACUAUCAACAGCGAGGCAGGUCGUAUGGAGUACUGGGAUCACACAAAUCGCCAGCUCCGAUGUGCUGGUGUCUCCAUCUCUCGUCUUGUAAUCGAACAAGGCGGUCUCUACUUACCUACCUUCUUCACUUCCCCAAAAAUUUCCUACGUUGUUCAAGGAAUGGGUAUUAGUGGAAGAGUCGUCCCUGGAUGUGCCGAGACCUUCAUGGAUUCACAGCCGAUGCAAGGACAGCAACAGGGACAGCAAGAACAGCCAUGGGAAAGACAGGGACGACAGGGACAGCAAGGACAGCAAGGACGACCAUGGGAAGGACAGGGAGAGGAAGGACAGCAAGAACAGCCAUAUGAAAGGCAGGGACAGCAAGGACAACAAGGGUUCCGUGACAUGCACCAGAAGGUGGAACAUGUUCGACGUGGAGACAUUGUUGCCAUCACUCCAGGCUCUGCCCAUUGGAUCUACAACUCUGGAGACCAGCCACUUGUCAUCAUCUCCCUUAUCGACGUUGCCAACUACCAAAACCAACUCGACCGCAACCCAAGAGCAUUCCGUUUGGCUGGAAACAACCAACAGGGCCAACAGGGCGGUUUUGGUGGUCGACAGCAAGGACAACAACAAGGAGAAGAAGAGAAAAACAUGUUCAGCGGAUUCGACCCUCAGGUCAUAGCUCAGGCUUUGAAAAUCGACGUUAGGUUGGCUGAGGAGCUUCAGAACCGAAGAGACAACAGAGGAAACAUCGUUUCUGUUAAGGGACCUUUCCAGGUCGUGAGGCCACCUUUGAGACAGGCCUACGAGAGCGAGAAGUGGAGACACCCACGUGGCCCACAAGACAACGGUCUUGAGGAGACUAUCUGCAGCAUGAGGACCCACGAGAACAUUGAUGACCCUGCCCGCGCUGACGUGUACAAGCCUAACCUCGGCCGUAUGACCAACGUCAACAGCUUGACCUUGCCCAUCUUGCAGUAUCUCAGGCUCAGCGCCACUCGUGGCAUUAUCCAGCGUAAUGCUAUGGUGCUUCCGAAAUACAACAUGAACGCGAAUGAGAUCUUGUACUGCACGGCAGGACAAGGAAAGAUCCAAGUGGUGAACGACAACGGACAGAACGUGUUGGACCAGCAGGUGCAGAAGGGACAGCUCGUGGUUAUUCCACAAGGGUUCGCAUACGUAGUCCAAUCCCACGAAAACAACUUUGAAUGGAUCUCAUUCAAGACAAAUGCUAACGCGAUGAUCAGCACUUUGGCGGGUCGAACCUCUGCCCUAAGGGCAUUGCCGCUACAGGUCAUAACCAAUGGAUUCCAGAUCCCUCUCGAGGAAGCUAAAAAGAUCAAGUUCAACACGCUUGAGACCACUUUGACUCGUGCACGCGGUGGACAACCACAGUUGAUCGAAGAGAUAGUCGAGGCUUAAGUUAAAAACGUUUUUCUUUUUACUAAUAAAGUAGUGAACAAGGUUACUAUUGUAAUGGUCAGUUUGCAAUCAUGUCCACUCUUAAGCUUUUAACGUAUGUGUAAAAUAUGUGUCUGAUGAA